AUGUCGUUAGAAAGCAGCGAUCCAUACGAAUUUAUUCAGUCACAAAUCUCAAAUGUUCUCGAUACAAAAGUUGAUAAGCGUGGUCGAAAAAAAACGAAAACCACAAGUGUGACUUCAACAAUAACCACAUUCAUUACACAUAAACAUCCUGCUGCUCCUAUAAAACGAACAGAAAGUGUACCCACUCGAACUCCGUCUACACGUGAAAGAAAAUCAAUAACACGAUUGAAUCCAGCACAUAUUUCACCAUCAAAAACAAAAAAGCGAUCUCCUAUAAGAUCUGAGAAUAACCGCGAAUUUUCCCAAUCUGAUUUUUCACAAUUUAUUGAAAUGAAAAAGGUCAAUAAGAAAGCACGUGUUAAUAAACGACAUGGAAACAUGAAGAAGAAAAAAAGUCAAGAAGAUGAUAGAGAUUAUCACGGUUAUCUACCAGAAGCCAAACGUUCAAAAUCUUCGAGCGCAGCUCCAACAGCAGUUGAUAUUGAUCAACAAAAUAUUCAUAAUGAGGUAGAAGCAAUCGAACAAACGCGAUUGAUUUAUGAAACUCCAAAUAAUCCAGAUAACUCACAAACGUUUAUUCCGAGUUCAAUUGGAUUUUCCCCAUCUAUUGAUGAUAAUAAUGACACACAUUUUCAAGAAAAAAUCGAAAAACUGAAUGAAAAAAUGACUUAUGAGCUUCCGAUAUUAUUGACAAAAAAACCAACAAAAGAAGUAGCUACAAAGACAACCACUACAGUGGAUUCUUCUAUAUCUGAGAAUAUUCGACCAAUAACUCAAUUGACAAAUCAUCAAACUGUUCAAACAGAAAAAGAGGCAGUCAAAGAUGAAACUACUCAAACAGAGCGACCACAAUUAAACAACCAAAUAAUUCAAACCACGGAUACUUCAACUAUUUCAGCUCAAACAGCUGUAGAAAAAAGAACAAUAUCAACGAACACCAAUGAAAUACGUUGUUGCUCCUUGACAACGCAAACAUCCCUAGAAGAAACUAUAAAACUAAAUCAGAUUGUUCAAACAUCACCACCAGCGAACUAUGAAGAACAAUUACAGCAUCAUUUAUGUUGUCAAGAUAUUACACAGUGUCCAUGUGUACAGUCAUACGGGAAAACAGAAUGUUUUUUUAUGCAAACACUGUCAACAUUUUUCAAUCGAAUACGACCAAUACAUAAUAAUCGACACCAACAUUCUCGACCAUUACCAGUAAGACGACUUCGACAACGCAGAGUAAAUAUUAGAUCUAACAACUUUCUACAACCACAAGUCCAACAGCAAGAAGAAGAAGAAGAAUAUGAAGAUACUGCACAAGAAAAUAAUGUCUGUGAAACAAUAAUGAGUCAAAAUCAAAAUAUUGUUGAAGUAGCCCCAUUUCAACAAUGUAUUAUUGAACAAAAUCUUGUACAAAAUAAUCAGAUAUUAGAUAAUAAUACAAUAUCUGAAAAAGAUGAACUGCAACAUCGAGAUAAUAUCAGCGACAUAACAGUUGUGGAUGAGCAAACUUUACGUUCAUUUAUAAUUGUCAAAGAAGAUGCAAUCGAACCACUAUCACGACAAAAUAUUGAACAUUUUCCAGAAGUAUCAUCAAUCGAAAUGGUUAUGAUUGCAGAACAAGAAUCUCUACCACCCCUUAACCCAUUAGAUUUAAGACAAGAAAAUUAUAGUGAAGAAAAAUGGAAACAUAUAGUUUUAGCAUCGACAUCAUUGAAUGAUCUACAAAAAUGUGAAUUUGAUAAAUUUAUUAAUUAUUUUAAUAUCGAAUAUUCUCCAAUAGUAAAUGCUAAAACAACUCAUUUAAUCACAGAUGAAGAAGGUGACACAUUGGCUUGUUCUCUAACUGGAAAAGUGAUUCAAGCUAUUUCUCGACAUAUAUUUAUUGUCUCUUAUCGUUGGAUAAUUAAAUGUUUAGAACAAAAACAUUAUAUUGAUGAAACAACCUAUGAAAUUCGUGGUGAUUUAUCUUGUGAUCGAACUCAUAAUGGGAUGAUGAAUUCGAGAACAAAUCCUUAUCAAUUAUUAUUCAAUAAUUAUGCGUUCAUUUUAAAAUGUUCUGGUUGCCUACCAUUUUCCAAUAAUCAAUCUUUAAUUGAAUUAAUUCAGUUAAAUGGUGGUCUAGUUAUUCAAAAUUUAUCUGAUAAUGUUGAACAUCGUCAAAAAAUUAUUUUAUGUUCACAAGAAUUUUUACAAAAUAAAAAAUCAUUUUCUCAAUUAUGUACAAGAUUAAAUAUACAAUGUUGUAAGCCUCAAUGGUUACUUGUUUCAAUAACAAAAUAUCAGAUAGUGCCGUUCAAAGAUUAUGAAGUGAAAAAAUGUAAUGUAGAUUAA